UCUGUCCGUAUCUCUCAACAGGCAGUAAGAUGGAUGGCUGCCCAAAAAUUUGGUCAAAGAGAUAGCAAUGAGCAAUAGAGCCAGAGAUAUUCGACAUCAUUAUGCUUCUGGAAGUGCAAAACGUAAAUUGAAGGAAGAAAAAGAAAGAGGAGACCAACUUGUGAUAUCAAAAACACGUAAGUUGACAGAAUAUUUUGAUGUUCAUGGAGAUGGUGAUGGUGCUAUAACAGCUGAAGCUGGAAAUAUAGGAACAACUAGUACUAGUGCGGCAGAAGGCACGAUACAGCAACAGCCAACAUCCAUUGAAUGUGAAAGAACAAUUGAAAAGAACAAGUACUCUAAUGAUAUUGGCGAAUGGCCAAACAAUCUAGAUGAUGGUGAUCGUGAAUAUCGGAUAGCCAAGGGAAGUGAUGAACGUCAACAUGCUGAGAGUAACUUCUCUUCAUCCAUGCAAUUGUAUGACCAUGAAAAGAAACCUCGGCACUGUCAGGAGUCUUAUUUUACAUAUGUUCAUAAACCUACAAACAAGCAACAUGCAAGAAAUUGGUUAUGCUAUUCAGAAAGCAAAGGAAGCCUAUUCUGUUUCCCACGCAAGGUUAUGACUUCAGGAUGUUCAUCAAAGUUUAGUGAAGAGGGUUUUAAUGACUGGAAAAAUGCAAGCAAUCUAUUAAGUCGACAUGAAGAAAGUUCCUCACAUAGACACACUUUAAUUUCACUGUUGAAGCGCAAAAACAAAGCUAAAUGUGUCAAUUCCCACCUUGUGAAGGAAAUGGAGACUGAACAAAAGUAUUGGCGCACACUUCUAGAGCAAAUAAUUGAAGUUGUGAAGUUUUCAGCAGAACAAGGCCUUUCAUUUCAUGGUAGUGAUGAAACUGUUGGCUCUCCUCAUAAUGGAAAUUACUUGGGGUUGUCAGAAUUACUGGCCAAGUUUGACCCUUUUCUGGCAGAGCAUAUAAAUGCUCGUGCAAACAAAGGAAGGGGACAUAAAUCAUACCUAUCUAAAACAACAUGUGAGGAAUUCAUCAGUCUGAUUGGAUCCAGCAUACUGGAUCACAUUAUCAGUGAAGCGAAUAAAUACAAGUAUUAUUCUGUUUCAUUGGAUUCUACUCCAGAUAUAUCUAAUGUGGACCAGCUGACUUUGACUGUGCGCUAUGUUUUGCCAUCUGAACCAGUUGAAAGAUUUGUGAAGUUUUUGGAUAUGGAAGGUCAUAGUGCUGAACAGCUCGCUCAAAGUUUACUUGACUUUUUAAAGGAAAAUGACAUUGAUAUAAAAGACUGCCGUGGUCAAAGUUAUGACAAUGCCAGCAACCUGAGUGGCAAGUAUAGUGGUGAUGUGUUGGUGGUAUUUGCUCAGGGUCUUCUUCAAGCUGCCCUGGUCGAAAUCCCCUACAAUGAAUGGGAAGCUUUAAAAGGCCCAACUGACCUGUCUACAGAGAACGGUGAAGCCAUGGGGCAGCAGUGCUGA